UCGGUGUUCUGACAGUUGCUAUUUGGAAACCUAGCCGUGAGAGUUAUUGUCUCACCCCAAGAGUAGUGUGAUAAAAUUUAUUUCCAAUCGUAGCAGUGGCAUCAAAUGCCCAAUUUGUUCUAAUUCUAAGCAAGCGAAGAAUCGUGUUUGGAGGAAAUUGUAAAUUAGAUACUGAAGUUUGAGUAGUCAUGUAGCAUUUACGGUUUGAGUAUAUUAAUUUCUCGCUGUUUGGAUAAUACAUAGAUGAUUUCUUGAAGAAUUUUCAACACUUACGACUAUAAAAAAGCACGUCCUUUGUCUUAAUUGUAUGAUUUGAAUAAAUCUUAAAUAAAUAAUGAAAUAUUUACUAUUUAAUAUGUGAGUCUAGAUAUUUAGUAGGUUUUAUUCCGGAAAACACUCAAUCAUCUUCGUAUCAAAAUGUCCCAAGGAAGACUAGCAGAUCAAUGCACUAUUGUAACCGGUGGUAGUAGUGGAAUAGGUCGGGCGAUCUGCCAAGUUUUUGCCAGGGAAGGCGCUAGUGUUGCAACGGGCCGAAACCUUCAAAGACUUUCUGAAACUAUGAAUACUUUGCCAACUAAUCAUGGAAAUAAACAUUGCAUAAUACAAGCUGAUGUGAGCUCUGCUGAGCAAGUAGCAAGAGCUUUUGAAGAAGCAACGAGACAGAUGGACAAGAAGAUCACAAUCCUUGUAAAUAACGCAGGGAUAUUGAGAUGUGAUUUCGUUGAUGAACUCAAAGAAGACGUUUUUGAUGAAAUGAUAAAAAUAAAUUUGAAAGGACAUUUCCUGAUGGCCAAAGAAUUUGUGAAAUCACUAUCGGAAGUGGACAAAACUCAAGAAUUUUGUUGCAUAGUCAAUGUAUCCAGCAUAAUUGGCAGAAGAGGUAUUCCAUUAUAUGCUGGAUAUUCAGCCACUAAAGCUGGAAUAAUUGGGUUAACGAAAUGUAUCGCAUCCGAAUAUUCAAAACACAAAAUCCGCUGUAAUGUUGUUGUGCCGGGAGUGAUUGAAACACCUAUGAUUGAUAUUGUAACUGAAGAUAUUAAAGUCAAUGCUAUUGCAAAAAUACCAAUGCAAAGAUAUGGUGAACCCAAAGAAGUAGCAAAUGCCUGUUUGUUUCUGGCAUCAAAUGAAAGUUCAUAUGUCAAUGGGGCUUGUUUGGAAGUUACAGGUGGAUUGUGAGGAUGAACAUAUAACUUCACAUUUUUAUUUUGGCAUUCGUUCGGCGAGCCAACCUAUGUUAUAUAUAUAUAUAUA